AUGACUUCGUCGCGUUCGGCUGAGGACAAAAUAACGAUUGCCACUUCUAAGAUAAACAAAGCACUCGGAACAUAUUUUGAGAAAACAGUGAAUAACACUUGUUCGAAGAUCAAACAAAAAGAUGAAGAAUGGUUCCAGCAAACUGUGACGGAACUUGUUCAAGAAUUUCAACAAAGGUGUGAAGAAGGAUUACCAUCCUUGUUGAAGAAAUACAGUGUCAACGACAAAGCUUCCCAGUUAGAGUACGCCAAUCAGAACUUGCGGUUCUCUCGCUCCUGGUGUCCCUCUGGUGAUCCAGAGAAGGAUAUACGUGCACACCUUUACGUAGUUGAGAAAGAACACUUGGAUGAUCUGUGCAAACGAACCUCGGAUCUACAACGGGAAAUCCGUCCGCGGUUAGCUGAACUGAAAAGAGAAGACUAUAGACUUCGAGACGAAUCAACCAAACUUCAAGUCCUUUUGAAGCAGCUAUGCACAACCCUCGCGACUGUCCAGUCUGCUGAGAACCACCUUUGCGUCCAUCGUCCCAGUUGAGAAGAAAAUUCGGAAGAACACCGUUCUUAUACUUUUCUUUGUUUAUAUGUAUUGUCCUUGUGUGUGGCCAUGAAAACAAAAAAAUGUGACACCAAAGUAAUACUGGUGUCCGAUCACCUGUUCUUCUUGUUUGUACUGUCUGAUGUCUAUCCGUUUUAUUGUUGAUUCGCUUCCUAAUUGAUGACCUUCUUGAGACUGUAAAUAUCCAAGAGGAAUAGAGAAAAACGUUAUCAUAUGUUCAUCUCGGUACCUCCUUCCCUCUUAUCCAUACAACUUACCAUUCCCUCAUCGAUGAUUGUAUUCUUUGAUAGGCUGAAACACAGAAAUAACAUUUUCUUUCAGUGUCUGCCUCCACUCUUACAAGAUAGUGCGAAGUUUGUUAAAUAAAAUCCUUCAAUGAAGUAAGUGGUUAUUUUUUACUACUUGUUGUCU